AAACCCAACACAUAAUAAAUGUAGAAUACCUAUUAAUGGAACCAUAGUGUUCAGAAAAUACAAAUUAUUGCGUUUACAUAUAUUACACACAUUAAAUCAAAUAUUUUACUUCGUGUCUUCAAACUUUAAUGCUGACAUCAGUUGAAGGAGUUUCUGCAUCAGAAAUCCUGAUUCCCCACGUCAAUAAUAAUAAUAAUAAUAACGUUUUUAGUUUGUGUUACAUAUGCCGACUGAACUUCAUUUCCAGGAGCUCCACCUUCGUCCCGGUUUAGGUUUUUUUGUUUUUUUUUUUGGUUCUGUGUGCAGCUGCCAUGAAGCAGAGGGAGGAACAGCUGGCUGAGGGAAGAGCCAGCCCGGGGAGUCAGUCACAUUCUUGGCUGGGAUUCAAUGACUGAACCAGACACAAACAAACAGAGAGAGGGAGAGAGAGAGAGACUCGCACACUGACUGGAUGAGUGGGGAGACAGACUGAGCAGACGAGCCCUAUUUCGGAGCGCGUAAAACCGCAGGAUCUCAGUAACAGAAUAAACCCGCUGAUUGGACGAGUUUUCACACCUCGGCUUCGACACUUUAUUUGUGAGUUUGGUUUACAGGAACUGCCCUGUGAUUUCAGCAGUUUUCAGUUUUCUGAAUGGACGCGCUUGGGAAGCUUCUCCGCCGACAUGGAAAUGCGUCUUAGCGAGCUUGUUGCCGGAUGCUGAGGAGGAAAGAUCCAGACAGUUUAACCCAGCUUUCAUUUUGAGUUUCCAGCCGCACACAACAUGGAGGGCUCCGGCUUCCAGCCCCAUCCCGGACUUCAGCAAACUCUGAAGCAGUUCCACAUCAGCUCGAUGCGCUCUCUCGGUGGACCGGCGGCGUUCUCCGCCCGGUGGCACCAGGAUUCGCUCUUCGCCAAGGAUGGCAAAUCCGCGGAGAUCGUGCUCUCCCUGCCGGCCCACACGCCUCCAGUGAUGUCCGGCCCGCUCUUCAUCCCGUCCGACCGCUCCACGGAGAGGUGCGAGACGGUGCUGGAGCGGGAGCCCAUCUCCUGCUUCGUGGUCGGCGGGGAGAAGCGGCUGUGCCUGCCGCAGAUCCUCAACAGCGUCCUGAGAGAUUUCUCCCUGCAGCAGAUCAACUCGGUGUGCGACGACCUGCACAUCUACUGCUCUCGGUGCACGGCGGAUCAGCUGGAGAUCCUCAAAGUGGUCGGGAUCCUGCCCUUCUCCGCGCCGUCCUGCGGACUGAUCACUCAGACGGACGCCGAGCGCUUGUGCAACGCUCUCAUCUACGGCGGGACGUACCCACCUCACUGCAACAAGGAGCUGGGCUCCCUGGAGCUGGAGCGAACCGAGAGGAGCUUCAAAGUCUACCACGAGUGUUUCGGUCGGUGCAAGGGCCUGUUCGUCCCGGAACUGUACACGGGUCCGGCCGCCGCCUGCAUCCAGUGCAUGGACUGCAGACUCAUGUUCCCACCUCACAAGUUUGUGGUCCACAGUCACAAGCGACUGGAGAACCGGACGGUGCACUGGGGCUUCGACUCGGCCAAUUGGCGGGCUUAUGUGCUCUUAGACCCGGACUACACCGACAAGGAGGAGAAAAGUCACCUGGAGCAGCUGCUUGAAGAGUUGAAGGGGAAAUAUGACCUGACGGGCAAACUGUCCAGUAAAUCCUGCAGAGUAAGUCAGUCCCCCAGCCCGAUCCCAGCCAAAAGGUCCAAGUUUGACAAAUUACAGUCUCCGACAGCUGACAAAGACAGGAAACCUGAGUGGUUACAGUCGUUGUCCAAGUCUGCACACAAGGAUCUAAAACAGGUCCAACUGAAACAGAGGCCCUCUGCUUUCCGUCCCUGGUCUCCAAAAGCUGUCGAAAAGGAAAAGCCAGUACCUCAAAAGGAAGCUGAGAGACCCAGCAUAAGGAAUCGUGAGAUUCUAGCUGCUCCUCCGGCCCCCCCACUCCACCCCAAUGACAGCCACGUUUCAGGAUCCAAAAACAUUUCCAUAAAAGAGCCGCAUAACAGCAAACCAACUCAUUGCAUCUCUUCUAGUCAGACCGAGGACAUAGACACAGAUGGAGAGAUCGACGUGGACGACUGCGAUGAUGGUCCAGUUCCAGCUUUCUCCCUGACUUCACCUCUGUCGGUGUGUGCUGGCGUGUCCCAGAACCUGUCUCCUCAGAGGCCUCCUCAGGCCAUAGCUCCCUGGCAGUCAGGAACUGUUUGUCCAGAGAUAGACGCCAUGAGACAGAUGCUAUAUGCUGGAAUGGACACCAGAGAGGCUCGGGAAAAAGUCCUGCAGGAGAUCGUCCGGAUGAGAGUGAAGCAGGAGGAGAAGCUGGCAGCCGCCCUGAAUGCCAAACGCAGCCUCCAACAGGAGCUGGAGUUUGUGAGGGUGGCUAAGAAAGGCCGCCUGCGCGAUGCCAUCGAAGCCAAGCGCAACCUGCGGAAGGAGAUUGAGCGCCUCCGGGUGGACUGGGAGAGGAAGAUGAGGGACGCAGAAGAAUCCUGUGGGCGGCUGAAAAGAGAGCUGGACAGAGAGAGACAAGUUCGAGUUUGCGACCAAGGUUGUGAAGCAGAACGUCUUCGAGUCAAGUACUCCACUCAGAUCGAGGAGUUGCACGUGCAGCUACAGCAGGCGGAGGCCGAUCGAGAGCAGCUAAGGCAGGAACUGCAGCAGGAGAGAGAAGCUCGGCAGAGCCUGGAGAGCGUGGUGAAAGACCUGCAAACCCAACUGGCCCUGCAGGCUAGCAGCAGUCCUCCUGAAGACCGCAAGGACGCGAACAAAGACACAAAAAGCCAAACCACACAGCCCAGCAAAGGAUCCUAAAGGUUUACAUGUAAAAAACACAAAAACUGGACAGAGAGACUCUAAAGGGGCUCCUGUGUUGGAAAAAACAUAAAAAGUCACUUUUGUAGAGGAAAUAAAUCUGUCAUAUAUGAUAUGUUACAUAUGUUAUACAUCAAUAUUAUUAUGAGAAUAUGAAAAAUCACUACAUGAACUGGAAAGAAGCAUGAGCAUGUUAUAGAGAGUGAAGCAAUGAGAGACUUGUUCAGCGAUAAACACACACCAUUUCAGUGGCGUCAGAGCCCUCCUCCUGACGCUGCCAGAGAGUUUUGGUUUCGGUAUAAGCUAUUCUGAGACGUACACAGCUACACAACACUACUUGAAUAUGAAGGGAAGGAACAGGCUGCGUCUGGUGGACGACUAGAGUCUUUGUGCCACGACACAUGGGUACACCCAGAGGUGUCACUGCUGACCACUGGAAGCUUACCACUACUUACUUUAGGCAUCUGCUCGAUUUUCGUGAACGUGUGAAGCAUUUAAUGACAUCCUUUUCGCUCAGUUCCACCAGCAAGAAAAACUGUAUACAAGCAUAUAUAGCAGCCUAUCUACCUUUUGUAUUUGAUAUAAACCUAAAGUAUUGGCAGUUCGGUGGGCUUCCUUCCUGCUCACCAUUGUUUUAACUCCUAGAUAUUUUAUGUAAGUGUUGCUUUUGUGGCUCGUUGUUGUUUUGUUUUGUUUUUUCACUCCCAAGCCAUCCAGAGGAUGUUUUGCCCACUUUAGUUUACACAAGUCUGUAAAUCCACUCCUUAGAAAAAAGAAAGUUCUAAACAGCUGUUAACGUUAUAAAAUGGUACUUCUGAUUUUCUAAUAAUUUAGAAUCUACAAUAAUUUGCUGCCUAUUGCAAGACAGAAAUCUUUUUUUUGGUCUCUGGUUUUAGGGCUCUUAAAUCAACAGUGGCUGUUUGUAUGGAAAACAUUUUUACAUAUAUACAAAAUAUGAAUAUCUAUUUUUUUACUUUGAGAAAAGUUAUUGCACUUUUUAAAAACAGAACCUAGCGUUGAACUCCCUGUUACAUUUUUAGAAUCAGAAAGAAUCUGAAAUUAUUUUCACUUUUCCCUCAGUAUGCCAUCGGAUGUAAAUACAGUAUUGUAAAUAAGAUUUUUGUUAGUAUGCUAUGUUUGCUUGGCCCAGACUUAAGUUGAUUAUGCAUAUUAUUUUUUUGUUCUUACUUGAAACCAAAAAACAGAGAGACUAUUUGAUUUUGCAAAAGUGUAAUUUCAUUGUUGCUGUUCCUUGAAUAUCACUGCUAUCACAGGGCAUACACCCAGCCAGGUAGACUUAUUGAUACAAACUAUUAGUAGUUGUGAGUUUUUCACACCCAAAGAACUUUAAAGAUGAAUUAUUUGAUAAAUUAUAGAAUAUAUAGUUCACCUUUGACCAAAAAUUGACAAAUAUAUGAUAUAAUUCUCAGCACUUCCAGCUCCUUCGUCAGACUAACUGGGAACUUCUGUUGGUUUUUGAACCUUUUGGUGCUCUCAUGUGUAACAGACACUUUUUUAUGUCUUACCAUUAUGAUACCCUCGCUCAGUAUUUGUUGGGCACAGUGUAAUAGCAGUAUCCAUUUUGUUUGCUGAUGCGCCUGUACUUUUCUGGGGUCUGGAAGUGGGUUUUCACCGGCCUCUUGUUUCAAUGUUUUCCUUUUCCUUUCAGAAAACUUGUAUAAUACCCAUUAAAAUUUAAACCAGUUCUAAACA